AUUCUGGGAGUUGUAGUUGGUAUCUGUAUUCUAGGAGGAAACAUGCCGGAUGACUUUGAUAAGGACGUAUACCCGGAGCCUCCUCGUCGCACUCCCGUGGUGGAGAAGCAGACAAGUCUGCCAAAUGUUGCGUUGAUUUUGACAAAAGCAUGGGGUUUUGCUGUGGAUGCUCCUGUCACUGUGUUCCGAGAAUGGAUAGAACGUCAGCAAGCAAAGAGAAAAUUUUAUUACUAUCACCGUGUUUUCCGGCGUGUUCCAGAUUUGACUAAUUGCCUGGAGUAUGACUACCCUUGUCAGUACGAGGCUGAGAUGCAGUGGAGACGUGACUUUAAAGUUGAUCAGGAGAUCAUAAAGAUCGUACAGGACAGAAUGAAGGCCUGUCAGCAGAGAGAAGGCGAAAGUUAUAUGCAGAACUGUAGGAAGGAGGUGGAGCUGUUCAAACAAACCGCUAAAGCUUACCAGUCGAGAUAUGAAGACCUUGGUGCUCACGGUGGUGCCAGGCAGUGCCUCAUGAAGCAGAAACACAGAAUGAUGGAAGAAAGAACACGUGCAGCUGCUUCUACAUCCUAGCCGUCCUCUCGUGCACGAAUUCUGGCUGCAGUUUUUCUGAGUUAUUGACUCUGUGUUGGCAGAAGAACUAAUCAAUCUGUACAUUUUACACUUGUAUAAUAAAAUAUUAAACUGAGUUAAUAGUA